UCUUUAUCUGUGUUAAUCUAAUCAAUUUUUUUUAAAUAAUCAUAUUAAUCAGGGACACUAGGGACAGUCUCUGACAUUUGAACACAGUGUUUCAAGUGAUUUCUUAUGCCACUUGAGUUUUUUUUUAUUCAGCCGUAAUGCCUCCAAAACCUACAGGACAUUUACUAAAACAACUCCGAGAAUUGAUGGUCAAUAAUAGAUAUGUGAAAGAACCUCUACAAGCAUAUAUUAUUCCCUCAAGUGAUGCACAUUCUAGUGAAUAUAUUGCUGCUUGUGAUCAAUAUAGAGCCUUCAUAUCAGGUUUCACUGGCUCAGCUGGCACUGCUGUGGUAACUCAAGAUCGGGCAUGUCUUUGGACAGAUGCUAGAUAUUAUUUGCAAGCUUCGCAGCAGUUGGAUGAAAAUUGGACACUCAUGAAAGAAGGAGAAUCGAGUACACCUUCUAUUUCUGCGUGGCUGUCUAAGAAUCUUCCUGAUGGUUCAAAUGUUGGAGUUGAUCCCAGAUUGUUCAUGUUGUUAAAGUGGAACAUCGUCAACAGACAACUUGUAUCAUGUGGACACAAACUUGUUCCUGUAUUGACAAAUCUAACCUCUAUUCUUUGGACUGAUAGGCCUGUAAGACCAUCUAAUAAAGUUUUCCCUCUAGGGAUUAAAUAUACUGGUAAAACAAUAGCGGAAAAACUUGAAAUUAUUGUUCGCGAUAUGAAGGAAAAAAAUUGUACAACUUUAGUGAUAUCGACUUUGGAUGAUGUUGCAUGGACCCUUAACCUGAGAGGUUCAGAUAUCGAGUACAAUCCUUUAUUUUUUGCGUAUCUGGUAAUAAAACGUGGCCAAGUAGCCAUUUUCAUCAAUUUAAAUCAGUUGAGUCCGGAAGUCAACAAGCAUUUAACAGAAGAAAUGGGUCGAUUUACUUUCAGUGUUCAUCCUUACGAGGAAAUUGAUGAAUACCUGAAACAAUGUGAAAAAGAAAAGGUUUGGUUUUCGGAUAGUAUCAACUAUCAUUUGAACAGUUUAGUUCCAAAACAUAAUCAGCACAUCGAAAUAAGUCCGACGACAUUGUUGAAAGCUGUCAAGAAUCCCACUGAAGUACAGGGAAUGCGAAAUGCUCACAUCAAGGACGGAGCGGCCCUCUGUUGUUAUUUGGCUUGGCUUGAAGAGAACGUUCCUAAGGGGGGUGUAACAGAAAUGUCUGGAGCGGCGAAAUUGGAGGAAUUCAGGAAGUUACAAGACGAUUUCAUGGGGCUCAGUUUCCCAACGAUCAGCAGCAGCGGACCCAAUGGUGCAAUAAUUCAUUACCAACCGACAAAAGCAAGCGAUAGACCCAUAAUGACUGACUCAUUAUAUUUAUGCGAUUCCGGAGCACAAUUCAAAGACGGUACUACUGAUGUUACAAGAACUGUCCACUUCGGUACGCCCACAAGCCACGAAAUGGAAUGUUUUACGAGAGUUUUAAAGGGUCAGUUGAAACUAGGAAAUGCGAUAUUUCCUCUGAAAAUUAAGGGAAAUUACUUGGAUUCAUUUGCUAGACAGUUCCUCUGGGAAGUUGGAUUGGAUUAUGGGCACGGAACAAGCCAUGGAAUAGGCUCAUUUUUGAAUGUACACGAGGGUCCAAUGGGUAUAUCCUGGAGACCUUAUCCUGAGGAUCCAGGGCUGGAACCCAACAUGUUCUUAUCCAACGAACCUGGAUUUUAUGAAGAUGGUAAUUUUGGGAUUAGACUGGAAGACAUAGUUCAGAUUGUACCAGCGAGUCUACCUUAUAAUUUCAACAAUAGGGGAUUUUUAACUUUUGAAACUAUCACGUUAUGUCCUAAGCAAACGAAAUUGAUCGAUAUCGAAUUGAUAACCAACGAAGAGAUAGAGCUAUUGAACGAUUAUCACCAUCGUUGCAGAGAAAUUCUAGGGCCAGUUCUACAGAAACAGGGGCAAACUCAGGCUUUAAAUUGGUUAUGGAAAGAAACGAUACCUAUGAGAAAAAAAAAGAGCUAUUAAUAUUUCUGAACAUAAAUUUUUAUUACUAUUCAUUAUGUUGUCAAAUCAGUCAGAAAAUGUCUCCUUGUCAGAGUCAAAUUUUUGUAUUGUAUUUUGUUCAUUAACAUUAUUUAAGACUGUGUUUUCAUUUUUUCUAGUGUAUUUACAAAUAAUGAAGAAUUAGUAUCCUUUUUGAUAUAGAUUGAUCCACAGACUGAUGAUAAAAUGAAUAAAUAAUUUCAUUAUUAAUCUAUGGAUUAAUCCAUAGACUUUUGUUAUUAGUCUAUGGAUCACAUUUAUUGAAGAUUGUGAUGGAAUUUUGUCCUUGAACGAAUGAUCAACUGUUUCUAUGGACUAAUCCAUAGAAUUUUAUUAUCAGUCUAUGGUUCACAUUUUAUGAGGAUUGUGAUGGAAUUUUGUCAUUCAAGGAAUGAGCGACUGUUAAGUAUCCGUUACACUUUAUUAGUUCUUACUCAAUUUAGUUAACUUUCGAGAGUGAUGCAGUUAGCCAGCGGCCAAAAUUAUUAGUGCUUUUAUAUGUUGUACCUGAAUAUUGUAUUUUGUAAUCUUUACAAGGGUUGAAUAAGAGCUACAACUGUGAUAACUUUCGCUUCGAUUUGAAUCUGAAGCUUCCGCAAUAUCCAAUUCAGUCUUGUUAAUCUUUUUCUAGAUAUCAAAUUAACCUCAUUGAAUACAAUUUUCAGCACUCACAGAAUGGCCAACAAUUAAAGAAUUAUUUCAUAUUUAUCAGAAAAUUUAUUCUAACAAUUACAAAUAAAAUAUAUAUAUACAUAAAA